UCAUUUGUUCCCAUUGUCGGUAGUCCCUGGCUGAUUCUGGUUUGCUGUGACACAUCAAGGUCUUCUUUUCUAUUCCUCCUUCUGGAUUUGGAUGCUGAGUCACCAAUCGUCAGUACGUUUUGUUUAGAUUUUACAGCUGGCAGAACUGGGCCAAAAGCUGACGCAUCAUUUGAAGGCUAUGCAUUCCUAAGAACAAGGCAAGACGCAGCAUCUCCUCCAAUAAUACCGCCUGGCGGAUCAGCGGCUGGAGCUGUCACCCAGGGUAUACACUGGCAUCAGUAUCGCCGCCACAUCGUGUGCGGAGCCGCAGCGAGAGACUUCAAUCCAGCACAGCACGCUGCAGCUGGGGAGACGGAUGCAGACGCCACAUCGAGAAAACAGGUUAGU